GCGCCUUCAGCUCCUCUAGAUUAUCCCCCCAAGUGGCCACAACUCCCAGAAAAAAGAAUAAACAAAAAAGCAAAAGAAUAUACUUUUCAUCAAAUGUUUAUCCUCCCAACACAAUUUCUAGGGCAUUGAAUAUCAGUAUUUUUGUUUUGUACAAAUUGGUAAUCCGAGGUGUGUAUACUGUUAUUGUAUGAGUGGAUUUGAAGCUCAUUUUUAUCACUUUUUAAUGGUGUUUUUAUUUUCUCACUGAUCUAGGGCUGAUGAUUUCACACUUUUCUUUGAGCUUGAAGAGCAACUGAGCUUUGGUAUUAGGGAAGAAGAUUACAACUCCAUCAUUUCCUUGUUGAUGAUGAGGAUGAUGGCAUUGAAGAGGAAUGUGGCCCUUUUGACCGGGGAAAGAAAGAGAGAGAUCAGGUAAAGAGAAAAAAGAGAAAAGAAAGCCAAGGGUGGAGAAAAGAUGUCCCCUUUGACGGGCAUUGUUGCGCUCGUGGAUUGUCGAUGAGUGAGAUAUCGUAAGGGAGUGAAAGACAAAGUGAGAGAGAGAGAACGCCACUCUCCUCCUUUCUCUUUCCCACACGCUUCUUUUCCUCUGUAUGUGACGGGUCUCUUAGAAUUUUAAGGGUCUCUCUGUCUCCUAUUUCUUGUCGAUAAUCUGUGAUUCUGUGUCAAAUUUUAUUUGAGCAUUUGCGUAGAGGGUGUUCGGAAAAAUGCCGAUGUACCAGCCGUCUAGUCGGAGAAGGGAUGGGGGAGACGGGAAGCUCGAUGCUGACGGUGGUGGGCAAGUGUUAGAUCUGAAGACCGCGGUGAAAGAUGGCAUUUUGGGCGGAGACGGCGCGUUCUUCGGUGGCGGUGUCGCCGAGAAACUUGAUUUGAAGAAGAUGAUUGCGGAGCUCGAACCCAUAGAUGUGCCCUCGGUGUUUAUCUGCCCGAUCUCUUUGGAGCCGAUGCAAGACCCCGUGACCCUUUGCACGGGCCAGACCUACGAGAGAUCCAACAUUCUCAGAUGGUUCUCUUUGGGCCACUGCACUUGCCCCACCACGAUGCAGGAGCUGUGGGAGGGUUCGGUCACGCCGAAUACGACUCUGCACCAGCUGAUUUACAGUUGGUUUUCCCAGAAGUAUUUGGCGAUGAAGAAGAGGUCGGAAGAUGUGCAAGGCAGGGCUUUGGAGCUUUUGGAGACUUUGAAGAAGGUUAAGGGCCAAGCUAGAGUUCAAGCUCUUAAAGACCUGAGGCAGGUCGUGGUCGCUCAUGAUUCGGCGAAGAAGACUGUGGUGGACAACAACGGUAUAUCUUUGGUUUCUUCUCUGUUGGGCCAUUUCACUUCGCAUGCAGUCGGGUCAGAGGUAAUUGGGAUUCUCGUGAAUUUAGAUCUCGACUCGCAGUCGAAGGCCAAUUUGAUGCAACCCGCGAAGGUAUCGUUAAUGGUGGAUAUGCUGAACGAGGGAUCCAUUGAAACGAAGAUCAAUUGCACGAGGUUGAUCGAGACGUUGAUGACCGGGAAGGAUUUUGGGUCAGAGAUAAUCUCAAGCUUGAGUCUUUUGGUCGGUUUGUUGAGGUUGGUGAAGGACAAAAGACACCCAAAUGGAGUCUUCGCCGGUCUCAGUUUGCUCAAGUCGGUUUGUUCCUAUGAACCAGUUAGGGUCUCUCUUGUGAGUAUUGGGGCAGUUCCCCAAUUGGUUGAGCUCCUGCCUAGUUUUAAUAAUGAGUGUCUGGAAUUGUCCCUUUAUGUUCUAGAGGUGCUGUCCACUCUUCCAGAAGGAAGAAUGGCUUUAAAGGAUUGCCGGAACACCAUACCGAAUGUAGUGAGAUUAAUGAUGAAGGUUUCAGAGAGCUGCACUCAGUUUGCACUGUCAAUCUUGUGGGCUGUUUGUAAGCUUUCCCCAGAUGAAUGUGCCUCACUUGCUGUGGAGGCUGGUUUGGCGGCUAAGCUACUUCUUGUAAUUCAGAGUGGUUGCAAUCCAGCCAUGAAGCAACGUUCUGCUGAGCUCUUGAAAUUGUGUAGUGUAAAUUACACAGCUACUAUCUUCAUCUCCAAGUGCAAGCUUACAAGAACGAUACAAUGAAAGGAUUAUGACAAGUUGUUGAUAUACAUCUCAAUUCUUUUUCCCUUUGGUGUGAAAUGAUGAAGGUUUCAGAGAGAUGCACUCGGUUUGCACUGUCAAUCCCGUGGGCUGUUCGCAAGCUUGCCGCAGAAGAAUGUGCCUCGCUGUGGAGGCAGGUUUGGCAGGCGAGCUGCUACUUGUAAUUCAGAGUGGUUGCAAUCCAGUUAUGAAACAACAUUCCGCUGAGCUCUUGAAAUUGUGUAGUCUAAAUCAUACAGCCACUAUCUUCAAUUCCAAGUGUAAGCUUACAAGAACGAUUCAAUGAAAGGAUAAUGACAAGUUGUUGAUAUACAUCUCAAUUCUGUUUCCCUUUGGCCUGAUGGACCAAGGUACCAAAGAACUUGAGGAAGCAGCUGAAUUUGAUACUAAGAUUCAUUGGGUUUCUGAGGCACCCCUUCCUUUCUUGUGUAUACUAAGAAAUUAGUGUCUAUCAGUUUUGUUCCAAUCCAAGAAGUAACAUAAAAUGUGGAUUGAGUUCUACAUCGUUUAUUGCAUAGGCAUAAAUCCUUGUCUAUAACCGGCAGUUUUUACUGAAUAUUGCCAAUAAGCUCCAAAGUAAUAAUUCAAAUUGUGCUA